GUCCAACUAAACCGUUUUCGUAGCAGCGUAAAAUCACAAAUCAAUUAAUCUUCUGUCUUCUCUUUCUUUCACUCAAUUAUUAUAAUUACUCUAUAUUUUCACCCACUAUUUCCUUCAACAUGUUUACCACCGUUUCUCUACCUUCCGCUCAUAAAUAUCCCCAUCACCGUGAUACUUCCGCCGUAUCGGAGAGUGAGGUGUUAAGAAGAAGAAAUGAGGAAUUAGAGAAGGAAAUAAAUAAGAGCAUUGAGAGAGAAAAGAAAAUGAGAGAGGAAUUGAAUAAGACAUGGGAGAGGCUGAGGGUUGCUGAGGAGGCUGAGGAGCGGCUUUGCUCUCAGCUUGGUGAACUUGAAGCCGAGGCGGUCGAUCAGGCUCGGGCAUACAGGACACGUGUUCUCAAUUUGAUGGAGCAACUUUCUUUGGCUCAAAAACUUCUCGAAUCAGCUUCCAUUUCUGUCCCCAGUUUUCAGUGAUUGUAGGGAAAAUUGGGGUUGAUCGUUGACAGUUGACACAUCAUCUCCAUUUUAAAACUAGGUCAUAUAGAUUGUAGAGCAUGCUUGUCAAAAUUAAGUGUAAUAUAUUGUUGAGAGAAAUUUUGUUUCUCGUGAUCUUCUUUUUCUUUUGCUCUGUAGAACGGUAAAGCUUUCUCUGGUGCUUAGUUGACGGAAUUUUAUGUGUAUUUGUGGGAAUCUUAAACAAGUAGUAACACGAAGUUGUCAGAUGAUUUGAAGUUUAUAAGUUCCUAAAAUCAUCUAUUAAGUUAAUAUAAAUGAAAAUUAGGUUCACAAUCUA